AUGUCGCAAAAAAGAUACCAGUGCAUCGUUUAUGUCCAGCUGUUAUUGAAAAGAAACGAUCCACGUAGGGCGAUGUUACAAGUGUUGCUCUUUGAUGCUGAUGAUAAAAUGUUGAUGUCGUCUUCAUCAUCAACUGAAAUUCGCCGUUAUCCAUCAUUACGAACACCACAGAUCGAUGCUGAUUACUUGAACAAUGACUUUUCUGAAUAUAAUUUUGAUUCAUUUUCAUCAAUAUUUCGUUAUUAUCAUUCACAUACGCUACAAAUGUAUAAAAAUGAAUUUAAACUCUUAUUAAAUUUGUUUACAUCUGUGAAUACUCUUCUAAUGAAAAAUGUGACUAUCGGUCAAGAAAUACUUAAUAUUGAAUAUUUGAAUGAUUAUGAUAAAUCACAGAUCAAUAAUAAACAAAAAUGUUUUUAUAUUUUAUCAUUAUUCUAUGAAUAUAUUUAUCAAAAAUUUAUUAUUGAUCGUCGACGAUUAAAUUCAUUUCAAUUUUUAUACAAAUUGAUAUCUUUAAUUAAUUUUUUAAUAUUUUUACAUUCAGGAAACUAUUUACAUCUCAUCGAAAGAUUAUUAAAAUUGAAAACAUAUCAUAGUACAUUAACGCCACCGUCAUUGCGUGUCUUGGAUUAUUCAUAUAUGAAAACUGAAUUAAUCUGGCAUACACUCAACGAAACAUUGACCACAAUCAUACCGUUUGUCACAUCAACAAAAUUUAAAAUAUUUUUUCGCAAUUCAUAUUUUCAAGUUAUUUUUUGUCAUACUAAAAAAAUGUCUACAACUAUUGAUUCUAAUUCUAAACAACCAAAAUCUGCGAUGCAUCAACAAUCGAAUUGUGUUGGAAACUGUGUCGGUUUACCGAUGGAAGCCAUUAUUAAUUUGGGACCGGCUAGUAACUGUGGUGGAUUACCCACAAUUCGAUUAUUUUUAGCAAAAUAUCAUUUUUAUCCAAAUUCAUUAACAGUGACAGCAAGUGAUACAAGUUCAAAUAUUCAUACAACAACAGCAGUAAAUUAUAUUCGUGAUGAAUUAAAACAUGAUAUAUCAAAUGAUUUAAUUACACGUUCAUUUCAUCGACGAUCAAAAAUGUUGUAUGUUAAUGAACGAUUAUGUGAUUUAGAACAAACACAAGGUGUUAUGAUUGAAAUAACUGAUUCAUUUUUCAAUACAGAUGUUGAAAAUCCAAAUAAAUACACACCUGACUAUAGUGAUGAUCAUUUCUUAAUUUCAAGUCAAAUUGUACUCUAUUAUUUACCACAUCAUGAUGAAUUUGUACAAAAAGUAGCAAAAGAACUAUCUCAAAUGACUGUCUUUUCAUCAAAAUCAUGUAUACUUCAAAUGGUUUGUCGUAAUCAACAUGGCUACUAUUUAAAUGGUAUUAAUAUUAAAAAACCAUUAAUUACUGAUCUUGCACUUCAUUAUGGAAAAAAAUUUAUUCCCAUACAUGAGAAAAUAAUUAAAAAUUUAAAUAAAAAAGAAGGAAAAGGAAUUGUACUUUUACAUGGUAUACCUGGCAGUGGUAAAACUCAUUAUAUCCGUUAUGUUAUUCAUGAAGUAGAAGAUAAAAUGUUGAUCUAUGUACCACCAGAUAUGGCAAAAGAAAUAUCAUCUCCUGAAUUUUUACCAUUUUUGAUGUCUUAUCAAGAUUCAAUUUUAAUUAUUGAAGAUGCUGAAAAUAUAAUUAAAGAUCGUCAAGAAAUGUUGAUACCGAAUCAAGCUGUGGCAAAUUUGUUGAAUUUAUCCGAUGGUCUACUGGGUGACGCUAUGCAUCAACAAAUUAUUGCCACAUUCAAUUGUGAUUUAAAAACAAUUGAUCCUGCUUUAUUGAGAAAAGGUCGUCUAAUUGCAAAUUAUGAAUUUAAUAAAUUAGAUGUUGAAAGUGCCAAAAUAUUAUCAGAUAAAUUAGGUUUUAACAGUGAAAUUAACGAACCGAUGACAUUAGCUGAAAUUUAUAAUCAAUCUGGAAAAGAUGGCGAAGAUGAACAAGAAAAUGUGAAUCAGUCUGCUGUUGUUGUCAAUGGCCAUGACGCAUCGGGAGUAGUUGAGAUAAAAAAUGCUUAA